AUGCCUAAGACAAUCCAAGGUCCUGCAACAGCGUGUGCUGAGGCCAUAGCUCUCAGCUCCUUCUUUUACGAGGUUCCUGCUUCAGCCAGUCGAAAUACAGCUGACCAGUUCUCAAAAGACCAGAAAGAUUAUGUCCUGCCUUUCUCUAAAGAGCGUCAGCUAACCGAAGUUCUUGCAUUCCUGGCAAAAACCAAGGAUGGCUGGGAUCAUAUACCUGCUGUUUGCGUUCAACAGAACUCAUCGGGAACGAUUCUAUAUGUAAUUCUAGCCAUUAACAAAACCACAUGGGCUGAUGGGAAUGUCAUCCUGCAAGACCUGAAGAUGAAGUUUGACGGAUUAUUUCACAUCCUUCAUCAUUCAAAUUUUGACAAGUCUGAGAUCCAAAAAGAAGUUUUUGUGUCGAUCAUCUCGAUAUGCUCACCGCGGAUACUACACCGACUGCGAGUCAAGCGAAACGCAAACAAGACGUCCAUUCAAGAUUUACUGAAAGAGGCGAAAUUUGGUGUCCGUCGGAUUGGUUCCGAGAAGCUUCAUAGUAAAGGCCUAUCAGCAACGUCAUCGCUGUUCAUCUCAGAGGCAGACAAGGUCAUACGACUAGUUGAUCGAUGGUUGAGACACCAAAAUAUGGCAGAGCUGGGUGAUCUUGUGGACGGGAUACAUCACUUGCAACAGACAAUACCGCGCCUGUACGAGUUGGUCGAAUCGAUUUCGAACAAAGAUAUGGGUCCGUCAGCAAGAGCAAGUCUUGUGAACAUCGUCAGAAAGGUCUCUAGAUAUUGCGAAGCUGCCAGGACACUCUAUCGUACAGCAAAGAAAUUCCCUCUCGUUCGAAACAUGCAAAUCCAAUUAGCAAGCCUACUCCCAAAGGCAUUCGAAAGUCAAAUCAAACCCAAUGAAUUCUCUAACCUGGACUCAUAUUCCUCCAGGCUUGGGUUCAAGGGGCAACAACAUGAUAUGUCCCAGUUAUGUCACAAUUUGAAACUCAACGAGAAAGAUGCUCGUGCAAGACAUGAAAGGGCUCAAAAGGCUCUAGUAGGGUCCAAGAUCCAUGCUGAGAUUCAGGUCAUCGCCUUCUGUGAACUGCAGGCACCACAACUGUUUCCAAGAGUGGUCAGUUCAAGCAAGGACGCAUGUUUUCUAUGCAACACGUUCAUUCAGCUAUACGGACGUAUGCAUACUCCUAAAACCCAUGGUCGACUUUAUCCCGGCUGGAGACUCCCAGUUCUUCCACAAUUCAGAGCUCUCCAGCAGGAUCUCAAUAAGCAACUCAUCGCAAAUCUUAAGCAAACUAUCUCGCUAGGCUUAGCUCAAGGGAAGUUGCCUGCCCGUCCGCCUCCGAAUGAAAGCACCCUUCUUACCUUAUCGGCAUCGGAAACGACAGUGGAACACGCGUUGGAGACCCCAGAAAGUGGAAUUUCUUCAUUGGAUUCGCCUACUAUCACUCUGUCAGAAAGCUCACCAGAAUCUGGUCCUUCAUUGGUACUCAACCAACUCUCAAGCACCAGGAAUAUUUCACAAAAUUCAUCUACUAUCAUAUACCCACCUGAGGGGAAACCGGUCAAUGGGCAUAUGAAACACAACAGACCCUUUCGUCUCUUUGCCACAGAAUCCCUUGAAGUACACCUUGGCCUUGAAUGUGGAUCAGUCUCUACCAAAACACCACUAAUGUACAGUAUUGAAAGGCUUACAGCCGACAGUGUUGCAUACUUGAGUGACACAUAUCCUGUUGUUGAUGCUUGGAAGCUGAAGGGAGAGAUCCUAUGUCCUUUGUCGGAAAAUAAUACGUUUUGUCUUGCUGCUGGGAAAGUAGUGUUGAAAAUCAGCUUAAAUUCUCUCGGAUAUUCUGAGGAUGUUGAAGGAAUUGCGGAGCAUUAG